AUGGCUUCCAGUUCCAACACCAAGGAUGGGGUUCUUCAGCAGCGCAACAAGCCAGUCGGAAAGCCGCGUGGCAUGCGCCGGGAUCGGGACUGUCGCAGCUGCAAGCUAAGAGACGUCAAGUGCGAUCUCAACAGACCCUCUUGCGGAGAAUGUAUCGCUGCCGGCGUGCCGUGUGGCGGCUAUCCGCAGCGAGUCAUCUGGGUCGGCGCCAGCUCGUCGGCAAAGGAUGCCUCGCUAUCGUCCACGUCCACGUCCCCGUCCAUCAUCACGCGCCCUCGCCAGGCCAGAUCGCAGUCGACGCUGUCGCGAUCCAGCGACUCGGGUCUCACCCCGGAUCGCCCGGCGGAUUCCUCGCUGUCGCCGCCUGACCGGCCCGUGUCGAGCCCCGGCGACGAGCCCAUCAACUGGUCCGAGGCCGACCAGAACAGCUUCAUCCGGCCGCUGGUGUCGCUGUGCCAGCAAAUCAUCUCGCUGGACGGCGAUGCGCUGCGGAGCAACCACUAUCUGUCCGUCGAGGCCCUGCGCCUUAUCUCGCGGCUGCGCGACUUUGUCCAGGCCCGUAUCGAUGGGCAUCCGGCGCGAGCCUCGACUGGUCGCGGAGACUUGUGGGAGUCGGAGGCCAUGGCGCGAUAUCGCCUAGACGCCCUCAUGAGCCUCAAAGAUACGCUAAAGGCCACCAACCCCUUUGCAUUCAUCGGUAUCGCGGCUUUUGCCUUCUUUGAGGUUUGCGACAGUGGCUUCGGCGACUGGCAGCGCCAUCUUUACGGAGCCAAAUCACUGCUAGACUAUCAUUGCAAGAGCCGGGCUGAGCUGGAUACGUUAUCACGGAGUGUCACCGGUCUGGGCGAGAUGGUGAUUCGUCUAGUUUGGUUCGACACUACCGGUAGUAUCAUCCGAGGGACGACGGAUCUCAUCUUUGAGAGCUGGCAUCGCGACCUCCUGACGGAUAGUUUCUUCCGAACGGUCGGUUGUCCAGCCGACACUUUUCAGCUCUUCACGCGCGUGGCAAGUGGCGAGGUGGCCUCUAAUCCCUCUAACAGCGCCAUUCUCGCCAUGGAGCAGCUCCUCAAGCUUAACCAAGGCACUACCGACUGGGAUCGUUCAGCUAACGCUUAUCGCUGCGCGGGAGUCAUUGCCGUGCUGACCCGAGUGAGCGAGGAACCCGCAGCGAUAUCCAAGGCAGCCACUAUUACGCUGGCGGUAGACCGGGCGUGCCAGAUCAUUGCAGCAACGCCAUCAUCUUCACAGUUUUACAUCCAUAUGGCUGUCCCGGCAUAUCUGGCCGGUAUCAACGCGAGUACAGUGAAACAGUGCGAUGUUAUACGAGCGUACUGGCAUAAUUGCAACCAUGCGGGCGUUCGACGAUAUCCGGAUGGUUUGGCCAGAUGUGAGGAGCGUUGGAAGAUGAAAGGGUUGGCGUAG